UAAAAUGCAAAUUGCAAUUGCACUUGCAACUUGCACCCCCCCUCCGUUAAGUUAUGUGAUGGCCCGAAUCCUAACUCAAACCCUACUACAACAACUCUGCAUUCGCAAUUGCAAACAAUCUCCAGCUCUGAUUCUCAAAUCCCCAACAAACACAAACACACAUACACAUAGUAGGUUGUUUUUCUCUAGCAGCAGCAGCAUCGAGAUCGACCACCUAGGCGGUGCUGCUUCAUCAUCCGACGGUGAAUUCGAGGCCUUGGCUCUGAAGAGGCUUGACGACUUGAUCCACGGUAUCAUUGUCCAGAAGUCUACUCCCGAUUGGCUCCCCUUCGUCCCUGGUUCCUCUUUCUGGGUCCCACCCAGACCCAACUUUCUUGAUUUGGUUACCAACCUCUCCCAUCAUCAUCAUCAUCCUCCUCCUCACUCUCUCUCCUUCUCCACUUCCCGUGGUUGGCCUUGCUCCUCCACUUUCUUCCUCCCCAAUCAUCAUGAGGAAGGAUCCGCUCAACCAAAUGAGGAUUUGGAGAGGAAGGAGUCAGCAGAGACAGAGAUGGAGGUAGACAUAGAGGUGAAGGUUUCAGAUGACACAUCGCGAUCUGAGAAUGAGGAAGACUGAGCAGUUCAUCACUUGGCAUAUUGGUGACUGUGGUAGGUACAUUCCCUGGCUGUUGCCAGUGCUGUUUUUCUUCAUCUAUGUGACUUAUUGUAUGUUAUUAGUUUUAAAAGAAGGUUCAAUUUUUUUUUCCUUUAGUCUUGUUCAAUAUAUAUGUCCUUUCGGAUUUUAGUCGAAACUCAGUGUCUAGCUAUGGUGGUUACAUAAUAACUUUUAGCAGUGGUAAUAUAAAUAUAUAAUCAAAUUUUCUCCAUGCUGUGAUUUGAAAUAGGAAUCCUUCCAAAAAGAAGAAAAGAAAAAAGUUAAAAUAGUAAUGACACUUUAAUGUUCAUAAGCAAAAUGUUUGUAUGAUCAUGACUACAUACAUUUGGGGGGAAAAUCUCUCAAAUUUUUUUUCCCCUUGGCGAAUUUACUUGUGCACCCAAGAGGUUUCGAAACACUAAGCUCAGUCAUCACCCACACUCAAAGGCAUAGAGAUGCCAUUUGGCCCAAAGGCCAUUGUGAAAAAAGUUCAAAUAGUAAUAAUGACAGUUAUUUUCUUAUGCGUACCUUUGUGUGUUCAUAACUUGAUCUAUUUGAGCAAAAUCUUUGUUUUCAUAUGGGGCAUAUACAUGUGCUUCCAUGUGUGUGUGCUUGUCUUUUGAGGUCAAAUUUCUUCAUCCAAGGUGUUAAAUUUUGUUCCUAGUUGUCCGUCACAAUCUACUAUUUGCUUAUGCAAAUAGUCUCUUUUUCACUAUUUAUGUUUGGAACUUGCAGGCUUGCUAACCAUUGUAGAUUCAGAAAAAGGAGCAGCUUGGCUGAUAAAAGUUUUUCAGCGAAUGGAAUAUUGUACAGAUGCAAUUAUGGUAGUUUUGGUGUCAGGACUUGCUUUUUGGCUCCAAUUGUCAACCCACCCUUUUACUUAUGUUUUUACUUUUCUGCUGUUUGUGGCUGUGUUGAUGAAAUUAGUGUAUCUUGAACAUUCAAAUAGAAUCUUCUCAUCAGAAUUCUUAACAAUUUGUACCUCUCUCUGUCU